GUGGACCAAGACCGGACCUUUGGUGACGGAUUGUGUGAGAACAAUGAACGUGUCACAGCCUGAUAGCAGGAAACCAAUACGGGAUCUGCUUUUGGAGGUUGGCAUCCGAGUUCUGCUCUUUGGAGUUUUUGCAUUUACUGAAUUUCUAGAGCCCUUUGAAAGAGUCAUACAACCUGAGGAGCUUUGGCUCUACAAGAACCCGCUGGUUGAGUCCGAUCACAUUCCUAAGAGAGUCAUGUUCGCAAUCUCCUUCCUUACCCCGCUGGCUGUGAUAUUUGUUGUGAAGAUAAUUCAGAGGACAGACAAGACUGAAAUUAAAGAGGCAUGUUUAGCUGUUUCACUGGCGCUCGCUUUGAACGGAGUCUUCACAAACACCAUCAAGUUGAUUGUCGGCAGACCUCGGCCUGACUAUUUCCAGCGGUGUUUCCCAGAUGGUCAAGUGAAUGCAAAGAUGCUGUGCACUGGAGAACCACAUCUGGUCUCAGAGGGGCGCAAGAGUUUUCCCAGUAGCCAUUCCUCCUUUGCAUUUUCUGGCCUUGGUUUCACUUCCUUCUACCUGGCGGGGAAGCUGCAGUGCUUUACCAGGCAGGGUCGAGGUCGGAGCUGGCGUCUCUGUGCCACGGUGCUGCCCCUCUACAGUGCAAUGAUGAUUGCAUUGUCCCGAACCUGCGACUACAAGCACCACUGGCAAGAUGCCUUUGUUGGAGGCGUGAUCGGGCUGCUGUUUGCAUACAUCAGCUAUCGCCAGCACUACCCCCCCUUUCUGCACACGGACUGUCACCUCGCCUACGCCAGCCUGACUGCAACCGCUCACAUCACCCCGCCUCAACCCCAGGAGGAUCAGCGGGCCACUGAAAAUGCCACCACCCUCCCUCUGGAGGGCUUGAUAGAAGCGCCGCUAUGACUAGUGGCCACCACCGAGACCACCCUCGCCGAACCAGAGAGCCCCCUCCACAUUCCCACUGACUAACUUACAUGGCUCCUGUGUACAUUCCAGAGGACAGUAAUCAAGCCACACUCCACCUCCAUCCUGUUCUAUACUGUCUAGGUCAGGGGUGUCAAACUAAUUUUAGAUCGGGGGCCACAUUGAGAAAAAUAUACUCCCAAGAGGGCCGGACUGGUAAAAUCACGGUACGAUAACUUAAAAAUAAAGACAACUUUAGAUGUUUUUCUUUGUUUAAAAAUAGAACAAGCACAUUCUGAAAAUGGACAAAUCAUAAUGUUGUUGGGGUUUGUUUACACUUACAUGUUGUGGUUAAUAGUAUUCUAUCUUUAUUUGUCGUUAUUUAUAAUUUCUGAAUAAAUUAUGUGAUAAUGUUCAUCAGUCAACUCAUUGGUGUUCAUUUUUAUUCUAUCAAAAUAAAACAAAUAUAUCAAAAUCAAAUUACAGGAUUGUAUUUACGUAGUUUGUUCAUUUUCCUAGACUGGUGCACUAACAAUGCACCAGUCUAGGAAAUCAUGUGUUUUUCUUUUUUUUCUUUACAUAUGUAGCAUCAUCUACAAAGAUACAAAGAAUUGCUAUGGCGUCAUCUAGUGGACACAUUUAGAACAGCUGUUUCUUUCAUUAAAACAUUUUAGCUCAUUUUUAUACUUCGCAAACUCAUC